ACUUUGCUCUAUCCAGAUCGACUCAACUUUAUUUGAGGAUCGCGAGUAAGAAUGAUUAAUUAAACCAACCCAUCGUUAGAAUUCAAGUUUUCUAAUUUUCAAAGAUUUUAGACACUAACGAUUUUCCCUUAAGCUUUGACUUGAAAAUCUCUCUUCCUAACUCUCUGUCGCUUCUCACUCACUUUUCCUUCUUUUGCUUUGGUCAUGUGAUUCCCACAUGUUUGUCUUUAAUGGGUUCUGUGUUUUGAAUUUUAUUUUUCAUUGUUUAGAUUCGAAUUUCACACUCAACCGAAGAUGAGUGUUUCUGUGAGUAAAGAUUACAUUUUUGAAGGGUCUAACUGCUUCCGAAUUAGGAUAAUGCUUUCCAUUCUUUCUGGAAAACCAAUUAUGAUCGUCAAGAUUCGGGUGCGAGAGGAAGAACCUGGUUUACUUGAAUCUGAGGUGUCUUUUUUAAAACUGAUCGUUAAAUCAACCAAUGGAAGUACGUUUAUUAUUGAUGAGACUGGAACCCAAGUGACCUUCAAGCCUGGUCUUUUACAUGGUGGUCAUAUUGAACACGAUUGUGGACUGCAAAAAUCAAUUUCCUACUUUCUUCAGCCAUUAAUUAUUCUUGCUCCCUUUUGUAAGGUACCAAUUGAAGCUACUUUAACUGGGAUAACCAAUGAUCAAUUAGAUGUUUCAAUUGAUGCACUACGUCAAUCGACAAUUCCACUUGUUUCAAAAUUAAUUUCAGUCUGGGAAAAAACUGACAUCGAAUUGACUGUUGUUUCCAGAGGAAUGCCUCCUAAUGGCGGCGGAAAAGUGUUUUUCAAAUGUCCAAUAAGAAAUACCAUAAAACCAAUCAAUUUACUCAAACCUGGUAAAAUUAAACGGAUUCGCGGUUUAGCAUUAGCUACCAGAGUAGCUCCAAAUAUUGCAAAUCGGAUGAUUGACGCAGCCAAAGGAUUGCUCUUAAAAUUUAUUCCAGAUGUCUAUAUUCAUUCUGACCAUUUAAAGGGGAAAAAUAGUGGCAAUUCACCAGGAUUCGGUCUAUCGUUGGUAGCUGAGACAAAUGAAGGAAUACAUUUUACUGGCGAGGCCUACUCUAACCCUUCUGGAAGUGAUAAAGGACCAUCUUUACCUGAAGAUGUUGCUCAAGAAGCUGUAUUUUGUCUUUUUGAAGAAAUUUAUCGAGGCGGCUGUGUAAGCUCGAUCAAUCAGAGUCUAGUUUGCUUGUAUAUGGCUUUAGGACAACCUGAUGUUUCCAAAGUUGAAUUUGGCCCAUUAUCACCAUUUACAGUCCAACUUUUGAAACAUAUGAGACAAAUUUUACAAAUUGCAUUUAAAUUGGAAGUAAAAGAUAAAAGCGAAGAAGAUGAACGAGAUGAAGAUUUGAGGAAAGGCUCUGAAAAAAUCAUGGCAACUUGUGUUGGAAUCGGUUUUUCCAAUCUUAGCAAAACAAUAAUUUAACUUGUAUUUAUUCUCAAUCAUUGCAUUAAAUUAUAAUUUGUAUAAAAUGUAUAA